CAGCACAGUGCGCACAAUUGGUUUGUCAUAGUCGCAGAGAGCUCAGGGUUUUUUUUUGGAACCCAAACAACUUAGAUUAUUUUUCCCCCUGUGGAGCUUUUUCUCUCAAAAAGACCACCCUCCACAAAUUCUUUUGGAUACUCUUUGUGUGUGUGUGUGUGUUGAGAGCUGCUGGCGUUUUCAGCUUUUAUUAUGGGGACGUGAUGUAGCCCCCGCACAGAAAGGACGCCUUGUGCCAUAAAGGGAUGUAAGGAGACAGUAUACCGUGGAUACAAAACCUGCCGGUUCUCCACCACGACAUCUCUGGAUUCUUUACGCACAGCAGAUUGAAUCGAGAUCGGAUAUUGAAACGGGAGCGACUGGAGGACAACUAUUUGGAUCCGUUUAUUCUGCCUCUCUCUCUCUCUCUCCUCGACCCCCUUUCCAUCAAGUCCAUUCCUCACACGCAGCGUCCAGAAACACCAGCUGAGAGAGAGAAAUGAUCUCUGAAUGGAUGGACGAUGAGCUAUCCCUCCGUUUCACCACUCGUUUCUAAAAUCCGCGGACAGAACAUGGUUUUACUAUCUGGAAUGUGAUACACAGGAUUUGUGAGGAGAAACACUCAAAGAAGCCCACUCCGUCUCACACCGAGAUUUUGGACGGCAUCUGGCACCAGAGCAACAGGACUUGUGGUCUUGUGGGAAGAGCGGCACAGUGGAGGGAGCCGUGCCAUAAAGGAAGCACCCGAUUCGGGCAUUCGCCAGCAAAAAGACUGAACUCAACUGGGACCUUCAGCAGCGGGCGGUAAGAGGAGGAGGCCAUGUGGACCGCACGCCUGCUAGUCCUCGCCAGCCUCUUCGCACCAGCCGCUCUGGCCUUCAGUCGAGCACCCAUCCCCAUGGCGGUGGUGAGGAGGGAGCUGUCAUGCGAGAGCUACCCCAUCGAGCUGCGCUGCCCGGGCACGGACGUCAUCAUGAUCGAGAGCGCCAACUACGGCCGCACCGAUGACAAGAUCUGCGACGCGGACCCAGCGCAGAUGGAGAACACGCGGUGUUACCUGCCAGACGCGUACAAGAUCAUGUCACAAAGAUGUAAUAACCGGACCCAGUGUGCUGUUGUGGCUGGACCAGAUGUAUUUCCUGACCCUUGCCCAGGAACCUACAAAUAUCUGGAAGUCCAAUAUGAAUGUGUACCCUACAAAGUGGAACAAAAAGGCUCCUCAGUAUUCCUGUGCCCAGGGCUUCUGCGCAGGGUGUACCAGAGCGAGCACCUCUUCGAAUCGGACCACCAGUCAGGAGCCUGGUGCAAAGACCCUCUCCAAGCCUCCGAUAAGAUUUACUACAUGCCCUGGACACCCUACCGCACCGACACACUGACUGAAUAUUCCUCCAAAGAAGACUUCAUCGCCGGAAGGCCGACGACGACCUACAAACUCCCGCAUCGCGUUGACGGAACGGGCUUCGUGGUCUAUGACGGGGCGCUCUUCUUCAACAAGGAGCGCACGCGCAACAUUGUCAAGUUUGACCUGCGGACUCGUAUCAAGAGCGGCGAGGCCAUCAUCGCCAACGCCAACUACCAUGACACAUCUCCGUACCGCUGGGGAGGGAAGUCGGACAUUGACUUGGCCGUUGACGAGAACGGCCUUUGGGUGAUUUAUGCCACCGAGCAGAACAACGGGCGGAUUGUCAUAAGCCAGCUCAACCCUUACACGUUACGUGUCGAGGGGACCUGGGACACAGCUUAUGACAAGCGCUCGGCAUCCAACGCCUUCAUGAUCUGUGGAAUCCUCUAUGUAGUGAAAUCAGUGUACGAGGACGAUGACAAUGAGGCAACAGGAAACAAGAUCGACUACAUCUACAACACAGAGCUGAGUAAAGACGGCUUUCUGGACAUCCCUUUCCCCAACUCCUACCAGUACAUCGCUGCAGUGGAUUACAAUCCCAGGGACAACCUGCUGUACGUCUGGAACAAUUACCAUGUCGUCAAGUACUCGCUGGACUUUGGAGCGUUGGACAACAGACUCGAAACGUCCUCCUCUGUAAUGGUGUACAUGGACACGACGACCAUGACAACGAGGACCACCACUCGACAAACCACCGCUUCCUUGACAACCACGACAGCCAGGACUACCACCACCAAGAUGCCAUCCACAACGACGGCAAUGGCCCAGUGGCCACGGACCACAUCCACAAUGGUGGUCCCCGUCCAGACGCUGGUGGAUGGUUUGCUCCCAGACGACGACAAAGACGACAGGUCGCCACCUUCCUCCAAGCUUCCCAACAUCAGGGUGGAGUACUGCAAUCCCCUGGUGAUGAUGGACAUCUCCUGGCCCAAGACCAAACAGGGUGUGGUGGCCAAGAUGCCCUGUCCACCUGGAACCAUAGGUGUGGCUUCAUACAUGUGCGUGGGUCCAGAGGGAUACUGGGACCCCCAGGGACCCGAUUUUAGCAACUGUACCUCCCCUUGGGUCAACCUCAUCAGCCAGAAGCUAAAAGCUGGAGAGACGGCUGCAGUCAUUGCCAGGGAGUUGGCGGAACAGACGAAGCGUAAUCUUCAGGCAGGAGACAUCACCUUUACAGUGAAGGCCAUGGUUCAGCUGGUGGAUCUCCUUGACGUGCAGCUGAGGAACCUCACGCCAGGCGGCAAAGACAGCGCGGCACGGAGCCUCAACAAGCUGCAGAAAAGAGAGCGCUCUUGCCGAUUUUAUGUUCAGGCCAUGGUGGAGACGGUCAACAAUUUGCUGCAGCCGCAGGCCCAGGCGGCGUGGAGGGAGCUGAGCACGGGCGAGCAGCUGAGGGCCGCCACCAUGCUGCUGGACACGGUGGAGCAAGGGGCAUUCGUCCUGGCUGACAACCUGCUGAAGACGGACAUCGUGCAAGAGAACACCGACAACAUCCAGCUGGAGGUGGCAAGGAUGAGCACAGAUGGGAACUUGCCUGAUCUGAAGUUCCCACAAACCGGAGGACAGGGCAACUCUAUCCACCUCUCAGCCAACACACUGAAGCAGCACGGGAGAAACGGUGAGAUUCGGAUAGCAUUUGUCCUGUACAAACACAUCGGGAUCUACCUUUCAACGGAGAACGCCAGCAUGAAGCUGGGCAGCGAAGCCAUGGCGACCAAUUACUCCGUCAUCGUCAACUCGCCGGUGAUUACGGCCGCCAUCAACAAGGACUCUAACAAAGUCUACCUCUCUGACCCCGUCAUUUUCACCAUCAGACAUCUACAGCAAUCUGAGGAGAACUUCAACCCCAACUGUUCAUUCUGGAGUUACUCCAAGAGGACCAUGACUGGUUUCUGGUCGACGCAGGACUGCCGCUUGCUUGGCACCAACAGGACACACACCACAUGCUCCUGUACCCAUCUAACCAACUUCGCUGUCCUCAUGGCCCAUGUGGAUGUCAAGAACACAGACCCAGUUCAUGACAUGCUCCUCGAUGUCAUUACUUGGGUUGGCAUCCUCCUGUCGCUGGUCUGCCUGCUCAUCAGCCUCUUCACCUUCUGCUUCUUCCGCGGCCUCCAGAGUGAUCGUAACACCAUCCAUAAGAACCUCUGCAUCAGCCUGUUCAUCGCCGAGUCCCUAUUCCUUGUGGGGAUCAAUCGGGGUGACCAGCCGAUUGCUUGUGCCGUCUUCGCCGCCCUGCUCCACUUCUUCUUCCUGGCAGCGUUCACAUGGAUGUUCCUGGAAGGCGUGCAGCUCUACAUCAUGCUGGUGGAGGUGUUCGAGAGCGAGCACUCGCGCCGACGCUACUUCUACCUGGUGGGCUACGGGGUCCCCGCGCUAAUCGUGGCCGUCUCUGCCGCGGUGGACUACCGCAGUUACGGCACCGACCGAGUUUGCUGGCUUCGCCUGGACACCUACUUCAUUUGGAGUUUCAUAGGACCAGCAACCUUGAUAAUUAUGCUCAAUGUGAUCUUCCUGGGCAUCGCUCUCUACAAGAUGUUCCAUCACACAGCCAUCUUGAAACCAGACUCCGGUUGCCUGGACAACAUCAAAUCCUGGGUAAUUGGGGCCAUUGCCUUGCUGUGUCUGCUGGGCCUGACCUGGGCCUUUGGCCUGAUGUACGUCAACGAGAGCACGGUGGUCAUGGCCUACCUGUUCACCAUCUUCAACUCCCUGCAGGGAAUGUUCAUCUUCAUCUUCCACUGUGUGCUGCAGAAAAAGGUGCGUAAGGAGUAUGGGAAAUGCCUGCGUACUCACUGCUGCAGUGGCAAAAGUGUGGACAGCUCCAUCGGCUCUGGAAAAGGCACCGCCUCUCGUGCUCCGGGACGUUACUCUACUGGGUCACAGAGCCGCAUCCGUCGAAUGUGGAACGACACAGUCAGAAAACAGUCAGAGUCCUCUUUUAUGACCGGCGACAUCAACAGCUCCGCAUCACUCAACAGAGGGGCUAUGGCUAACCAUCUUAUACCUAAUGCACUCCUACGUCCUCAUGGCACUAACAAUCCCUAUAAUACAUUGCUUGGGGAAUCGGCAGUCUAUAACAACCCUCUGGGCAUGUACAACACACAAGAGCCCUACAGAGAGACAAAGGGAAUCCUGAACAAUGCCCGGGAUACAAGUGUCAUGGAUACUCUACCACUGAAUGGUAACCAUGGCAACAGCUACAGCAUCGCCAGCGCCGAGUACAUGAGUGACUGCGUCCAGAUCAUUGAUCGGGGUUACAACCACAAGGAGACCACCCUGGAAAAGAAGAUCCUGAAAGAGCUCACCUCCAAUUAUAUCCCCUCCUACCUCAACAAUUCCCACGAGCGCUCGACCGAGCACAACCGGAACCUUAUGAAUAAGCUGGUCAAUAACGUUAGCAACGGUGGCAAAGACAGCGGCUACGGGAUGGGCUUGGGAGUGGGGAUGGGCAUGAACGUGGCGCUGAGCCUGGACGACCAUUCCACCUUUGGUCCGCACCACGACGAAGGCCUGGGCCUGGAGUUAAUCCGCGAGGAGUCCAAUGCCCCGCUGUUGCCUCAAAGACCGCUCCCGGCACUGCAGGCGGUGGACAACCUUAACAAUCACCUCCACCAGUCAGCGCCGCCACCCCUCCCGCUGCCCCACCACCCCUUCUCGUCCGCCACCGCUUCCUCCUCGUCUCGGAGGCGGAUCCCCCAGGAGAACAGCGAAAGCUUCUUUCCCUUACUCACUAACGAGCACACCGAGGACGAGGGCUCGUCACCCGGCCACAACCACCAGAGAGACUCCCUCUAUACCAGCAUGCCCAUGCUGCCCGGCCUGCCCGACGUGUCUGCAGAAUCUGCCGACGGCUCCAAGGACAGCGGGGACGCCAAGAGCCCGGAGGCCAGCUCGGACGACGUUUACUACAAGAGCAUGCCCAACUUGGGCUCGCGUAACCACCUCCAUCAGCUGCACUCCUACUACCACCUAGGGCGGGGCAGCAGCGAUGGCUUCAUCGUGCCCCCAAACAAAGAGGAUCUAUCUCCAGAAGAGGCCCAGCCGGAGCCCUCGCACCUGGUCACCAGCCUAUAGGCCCAACGCUCCCCCCCACCCCACUCCUCCAGUGUCCCUCCUAUUACCGUAGUCCUCUUCCCCGUGUCCCCUUGUACCAUCAGUCGUUGGCAGUGGUAGCCUUUCUUUUUAUUCCGUGUCCCGAAGACUGAGAGAGAGAGAGCAAAUGACUGUACUCUCGCUGUUACUGGCCACAGACAUGAUAAUAAUUGCUUGGUAUGGGGGCUAAUAUGUGACUAUAUUUGGUUAAACAUUGCGGGAAUCUGUUGAUGUUGUGUUCCCCCCCCCCCCUCCAACCCUGUGUGGUUUGGCGUGUUUUGUCUCAGUGUGAAAAGAGACAAUUACUCACACAGGAUUUUUAGGUCUCAGAGCUAUAGUCUGACAGUCGAAAUGAACUGCAUAGCCCCCAAACUAUACAAGUCUAAACUAUAGACUUCACCAGAAUAAAUGGGAAAUUUAAAAAAAGGACUAUUUUAUUAUACUUCUGUAUCUAUAUUGACUUUUUGAAAGAUUUUCUUCCUCUUUGGUGAGUUGCAGCACAUUUUGUUUGCUGAAGUGUCCCUUCAAUGAAAAAAAGACAAAAAACAACAACAACAACACAAACACACACAUUUUGAACAAUUACCAUGAAGGAAUUAUUGAUCAUAUGCUUUCAAGCAUAGCUGUUCUUUUUUUCUUUCAUUUUACUGUAAUAACAGUUGUUAAAAGAGGGAGAAAAAAAACUAAUAAGAUAAUUAUGAGAUAUUUCUAUGUAAUUGUACAGAUAACUAGCAUUGCACACAAUAGUAAGCUUUUUUUGUUCCGAGCAAACCCUUUGUCUCUGUAAAUGUAGUGGUUAGGAGCAAUUUUGUUCUGUUGUGCUGGCCUCUCUGGGUUUCUGGUACCAGUCUGUUUAUUAUGUUUUCCUCUUUUAUCACUUUCCAAGAAAUGACCAUCUAAAUAGAAGCAAAAUAACACAAAAAAUAUCACAACAAAACACUUAUCGUGCAGGCAUUUCCGUGCUACAUAUUCAUCUUUGUUUUCAGGUCCAUUUUCUGUUUCAGUUUGAUUUCUUUUCCCUUUUUUUUUUCUUUUUUUUUACUGUGUAGAUAGCAGAGCUCUGAUUCACAGAUCGUGAAGAAGACAGAAUAAGUCCAAGUUAAUCAUGAGGUGUCCCUCGGAAAGGUUCAUAGUGCAUUCUGCAUCUCUAUUGGCAUUCAGAAAACGCUUGUGCUUCUCGGAAAGAGAACAAAUUGAGCACUAGGCACUUGUACAAAACUAGGCACUUGUACAAAAAAAAAGAAAGAUGGUUGUUUUACUUAUUAAAGAAAGAGCUUUUGGAGUGAGAAAAACUGGAAGUGUUUUUUGUUUUUCUUCCUCGAGGAGAAAUAUAUUUAUUUAUUUGUUUAAAUAAACAGUAAUAACAUGGAGGAUGGAAGUAAGUUUAGUGGCACAGAUAAGUUUUUAUUAUUGGCUAUGAUUAUGGCUUCUUAUUUAUUCCUUUUUGUAAUGGUUUCCAAGUUGAAUGACCUCAUAACUAAUAUUUGUUGUAACAGUGAAACUUGUUUGCCAACAAAUAAAUUACUGACUAAGAUUUAUCACUUAGCUACGACAAAAGUUUUGUCCGGGUCUUGGAACUCUUUUUAUAUGGAUAUCAGCGAAAGGACCUCCAAAUGAUGGAACGAUCAAUUCAUUUUUUUUUAAUUAUCAGUUAAUACCCCUCAUUAGCCCUCUGUCCAUUUUAGUGCCAAAUAAAUUUUGGCCCAGCAACAGUGGAUGUGCUCUGUAUGCUCUGGUCUGCUUUACAAUAGAAGCAGUGAUUUCAUAAGCUGUAAUAAAUAUUUCAAUAUCA